UGUGGUCAGGCGAGCCAGUGUGCAACCACUUUUGGUUUUGUGCCAAAAUGUCGGCAACCUAUGACGACUUCUUUGACAUGUGGGCUGGCCUACUCCAUCACGUCACAGGAGAACACGAGUGGGCUCUUGGCGCCUGUCACCAUGGACCCUUGUCGGACAACAGGGACAAGGAAUGGAUAGAGAAGGGAUCUGUGGCACACAGAGCACUCAUUGAGAUAGUGCUAAAUGCACGCUGGCUGGGUGAAGUAGUGAAGUACCUGGGAUUUAGGUCUACAGCAGAACUUGAGUCCUUUCACAACCACAUACUGAUGUAUGCCAGCAAGAGAUUCAGUUUCACCCCGCCCGUCUAUUCAGCUCACACCCUACUUGCUGGUUUGGAUUAUAAUCAUCAUGUCCACCGACCAGUGCAGAGAAAAGCUGAUGGCUCCAUUGAAUACCGGAAGCUGUACAACAAGAAGUCGCGGAAGUGGAGCCUGUACACAAUGAAGGUCGACAAGGACUAUGGCUACAUUCCUGACCUCCAGAGGGCCAUCCUCCGUAGCCGCACCACAGCAGACAGAGGCAUGCCGCGUGUGAGACGCCAGAGGCCUGAUGACCCGCGGCAGUAUGGUGUGCUAUGUGGUAUUCCACCUCCAACCACAGAGGAGCUACUGCACACACAAGUCAGUCGACGACAAGGGCCAAGGACUACCUAAGUGAGCAGCCGACCAUAGGAGAAGACGUGACCCCUGCGACACCUCACCUGAGUCGAUCCCACCUACACCUCUACUAUGGCCACCACUCAAAAAUACUGACCAGGGGUCAGAC